UGUAUCCAGCAGGAAGAGGCAGCUCACCGUGAUGAGGGACAGGCAGGGGUACCAGAUUUGUGUAGCAUUUUCUUUUCUCUCAGUCAUUUAGUGUGUUGUAGCCUACUAUCUCUACUGUACAUACAUCCCGAUCAUUUGGGAUCUUUUGGAGUUCUCAUUGCCAAUAUAAAAGUGCGCUUUCAGACCUCCGCCCUUUUUGUACUCCAAGGAGUUUUUAUAGAUUGCAUAGCUCAUUUUGUUCGUACAGUGUUCAAAAGUGUGGCGAGAUGUUCUCUCGGGCAUCACGAAAGUCCUCUGGACGUACGCGGAUGAACUAGGAUGACACCGGAUAUUUUCUGUGGCGGACACUGAUGACAUCUGCUUUGCAUCACUGUUGGCUUUUACAGAAAAGAAUGCAUCAUAACCAGAAGGAGCAAACGGUAAAUCAAAUGACUGCGCAGCGCGGGCCAGCGCACCACAGUGACUCCAACAGUCUGGGGAGCAGCGGCCCCACUGACCUCCAGCCACAUGCUUACUCCAAACUUGAGUUCAGGAGACACGCAGUGACAGAUGACUAUAAAAUCACAGCUCGGGUUCUUGGCCUGGGAAUCAAUGGAAAAGUGCUGGAAUGUUAUUGCAAGAAAACGGGAGAGAAAUGUGCCCUCAAGAUCCUGUACGAUACUCCUAAAGCCAGACGGGAGGUUGAGCUGCACUGGAGAGUUUCCGGAGGUCCCCACAUCGUCCGAAUACUGAACCUGUAUGAGAACAUGCACCAGGGGAAGAAAUGUCUCCUCGUCAUAAUGGAGUGUAUGGAGGGAGGGGAGCUGUUCAGUCGCAUUCAGGCCAGAGGGGACCAGGCCUUCACAGAGAGAGAGGCGUCAGAGAUCAUGCAUGACAUCGGCACGGCCAUAGAGUACCUCCACCACAUGGACAUCGCUCAUAGGGAUGUGAAGCCUGAAAACCUGCUCUAUACCACCAAGGAGAGUAACGCCACACUGACACUGACUGACUUUGGCUUUGCUAAGGAGACAACACUGCACAACUCCCUCCAAACUCCCUGUUACACUCCAUAUUAUGUUGCCCCGGAAGUGCUUGGGCCAGAGAAAUAUGACAAAUCAUGCGACAUGUGGUCCCUGGGCGUAAUCAUGUACAUUCUUCUGUGUGGGUUCCCUCCGUUCUACUCAAACACGGGUCAGGCCAUCUCUCCAGGCAUGAAGCAGAGGAUCAGGUUGGGCCAAUAUGAGUUCCCCAACCCUGAGUGGGCUGACGUUUCUGAGGAAGCCAAACAGCUCAUCAUUCAGUUACUGAAGACAGACCCCAAUCAGAGGAUGACCAUCGGACAGUUUGUAAACCAUCCCUGGAUUAGUCAGUCAAUGGUGGUCCCUCCGACCCCCCUCCACACUUCUCGUGUUUUGACAGAGGACAAGGAGCUGUGGGACGAUGUGAAGGAGGAAAUGACCAGCGCCCUGGCCACCAUGCGUGUGGACUACGACCAGGUGAAGAUCAAAGAUCUGGACACAUCCAACAACCCUCUACUCAAUAAGAGACGAAAGAGGCCCGUUCCUGGAGGAACUGACGGAGAAGGAGGCAGUGAUGGAGGAGAUGGAGGAGUGGUGUGUAAUAGCCACAGAGAAGUUACAUUUUCUGAAGAGCAUGAUGAUAUGAUAAUUGGACAAAAGUAGUAUGCCAGAGUGAGAAGUUUUCCCAUCCACAUAUCACUUACUGUAUUUUACUUACUUUUUCUCCUUCUUUGCAUCACUUUGGAUAUAUAUAUAUAUGAGUUAUUAUUGCUGUCUGAUGAAAAUAAGUCAUCUAGGGGAUUUUUCUGGUGGUUAGGAAUAUGAGUAUUGUAACAUGCACAUUCAAAGGACAUUACAACUUUGAAAGAUUGAGGGGAUUUUACCAGAAUAAAGCACAGAAAAUCUGCUUAGAAAUAUAGGAAAUAUUGGAUAGGAUAGAACAACACAAUGUAAUUUUGCUAAA